AUGAAAGUGGAAAAGCUCAUUGGCGCGAAUCUUCGAGUGAAAGUCGAUGAUGGCAGAGUUCUUGAUGGAGUCCUUUCUGUCAUAGAUCCCUUUGGAAAUUUACUUCUAGCAAACGUUUAUGAAACAUCAGUUGAUAAAUUGAACGAGUCAUUGUUCCAUACACGAGAGUUGGGAUUGGUGAGUGUCCCCAGAAAUGUGAUUAAAACACUCAUGGUAGACAAAAAACAAUACGGCCGCAUCGGCGAGAAUCAGGUUUCGUGA